AUGGCGCCAGGUACUCGACGCGCGAACCGCAGCGGAUAUGCUGAACACGACGACUUCGAAGGCCUUCCUGUGCGCCAAUGGCGCCACGAGUGGGUGAAUGUUGAGCCCCCCGCGCCCGUUGAAACGACACAAAAGAACGGCAUCUGGGAUGUCGAGCUCCCGUGGGGCAUGCCGAAAGACGUGGGCCUCCUACCCCAACAUAGUCAAGAUUUACUGCGCGCGGCGAGGUCGGGCGCCCUCUACAAGAGACCUGCGCCCGUCGAGGAGGAGGAGACCGACGCAGACGCACUGACAGAGAAGCCGGAGAAGAAGGAGGACGAUGCCAGCACCAAGGGCUUCCAGAUCAAGGUGUGGAAGCAGAUCAACCGCAACUCGGAGGGCUCUUCCGUCUCUCACCUGGCGAAGCGGAGGAAAGGCACCGUCACGAUCUCGUCCAAGACAGUCAGCAGUCACAUGCCCGGAGCGACUGUGACCAAGGCCACAGUGCGGAGGGUAGACGCCGCUGGCAACCCGUACACGCAGGAGAUCACGCUGCAGGAGGGCCAGGCGGUUGAGGGGGAGAUCAUCUCGACGACGGUCGUGCCGGUCGCAGCUGUUGACCCUAUGCAAGUGGCUCCCCAGCGCGUGCGACGGCCGCCGCCACCCAAGAAGAAGAACAAGCCCGGUCCGGGCCGCGGGCGCAAGAAGAAGGUCCUGCCUUUGCCUGCGCCGGCACCUGGAGCACCGGGUGCUGUGGGUCCAGUGGACGUAGCCCCCGUUGCCCCCAAGGUGGAGGGAGCUGAAGGCGCAGAGACACCCGUCAAGCAGGAUGGUGAGGACUCGAACAAUCCCGACAGCGAGAUGGCCGACAACGACGACGACGAGGGCGAUGAUGACGGCGACGAAGGCGAUGAUGAUGGCGAUGACGAGCAGCGCGACGGCGACAACACCGACAGUCAAGACCAAGAGAUGACCGAUGUCUCUCCUGCCGUGCCCACGCCAACAGCUGACGCCACGACCGAGCUGGCCGACCCCGAAUCCCCCGUACCGAAGCGGGCCGCGCCUCCCGCAAACCCUAUCAGUCUCCCCCCUCUUCCGGCUAUGCAUUUGGUGAAUUCGUCGCCCAAGGGCAGCCCUCUCAAAAAUGUCGUUGUGCCUUCCCCGACAGAGCCAUCACUGGAAUUCUCUCUCAUCUCAGAGGCCUUGGCUCCGAAAAUUGAGCCACAGGCCGAGUCUCGGAGCGAGCCUCAGCAGGAAGAUGCACAAGCAGAUGUCAAAGCAGAUGUGCCCAUGACCGAUGGUUCCGAAACCGUCACAGGAGCCCCCACCGAACCAUUGAACACCGCUGUGCCCGACAAGCUCCCUUCUAUCGAUACCGCAACAGAAGAUGCUCAAGGUGUAUCAUCCCUGCCUCCCGCCGACAAAGUCGGGGACAUUGUGUCGCCAAUGGCAGAGACUAGAUCCACCUUCUCGUUGGCAACCACAGCCGAGACCGAGGCAUCAGGUGUUAGGCUUGAAAGCGGAGAUCAGACGGUGGCCUCGAAUCAGGCAUCUCAAGACGCCAUGGUCCUGGAUGUUCCGGAGGCCUCUGACGCAUCUAAUGCUGCUGACGUUCCCGAGAUUCCAGAGGUCAUCACGACCUCGGAGGCCGCGCCCGCCGAUGAACCACCAGCACCUGCUGUUGAUGAUGUUACGGAAAAGAAGGCGGCCUCUUCUCCGGCUCCACCAGCGAGCGCCGAAGAGCCCCCUGCCCCAGCGCCCGAGCCGGAGCCCAUCGCUCCGAUAGUCGAGGAUAUGCCACUCGCGCCUGGAGAACCUGCAGAGGCGAUUAAGUCGCCGGCGAAAGUUUCUCCAAAGUCACCCGCAGCCUCCCUGUUAGAGCCGCCAGCUCCCAUUGAGCCCUCUGUGGUGGAGCCGGCCGAUGUUCCGCCCGAAAUCCCAGUGGAAAUUCCCGUCGAAACAUCAGCUGAGAUGGCUAUUGACGCGCCGGCAACACUCCCCGAUGUUCCGGUUGAAGCGCCUGUCGAGGCUCUGGUUGACUCUGCGGUCGAGACCGCGGUCGAGACCGCGGCUGAGGCGCCAACCGACGCCCCAGCGCAAGCCCCGAUAGAAAUCCCCACCGCCGAGCCUGAGAUGAACCAGCCGUCGCUUGUUGCAGCCCCCGUGAUGCCCGAGGACGAUGGCCCGGAUCUGCUCGCCGGCUUGGAGACGGAGCUGGACCGCCAAGCGGAGAUGGGCAAGUCUCCGCGUCCCGAGCCCCCCGCGGCUCCGCAUCCGGAACCGGCUGAGCUGCCUGAAAUCGCGAACCCCGUGCCGCUGCCCGAGGUCCCGGCAAUCGAGCCGGAGAAGCCUAAUGACGAGCCGAUGUUGGAACCAAAGGAGGAGCCGACGGGGCAGGCCACAGACGCACCCAUUGCAACAACUCCCGAACCCGGACCUGUUUCCGCUCCCGCGCCGACCGAGGCCGCAGACCCGGCGUCAACGGCCGAGGCUCCCGCAAGCACGGUGCCCGAUGACGAGGCGGAGAAGAAGAAUGAACAGACGACGGCCGAUGCACCCGCGCCCGCCGCGGCUGACGCCUAG